AUGUUCAGUAAGUUGACUGAAACCGCGGAUGGAAUAUUUCCCAUGGCCACACGUCAGAGGACUUGACAAGAGAUCAGAAUCUGUGGACUGAAAUGAAGUUCGAUCCGAACCAUUGCCUUCGCGUCUUGAUGCCGUAGUUAGACGCUGGCUGGAUGGAAGCGAUUCAGCCAAAGAAUCCUAUAUUUUUAAGUCACUGUGUUAUGGUGUGGAGUGUUGUUUCCUGGAUAAUAAAUGAAAUAGGUCCUGAAUUAAAUGAAAGAAAACUCGCAGGGUCAUCACCCCCUGUCAGGAGUAAUAUACUGCUCUCCUUACAAGUUUACGCCGUUCUUUUAGAGCGAUUUGGCCAAAGAAUCCUGUAGUUUUAAGUCGCUAUGUUAUGGUGCGGAGUAUUGUUUCGUGGGUAAUACAUGGAAUGGGUCCUGAAUUAAACAAAGGAAAACUCGCAGACUCAUCAUCUCUGUCAUCUCUUUACACGUCUAUCCCGCUCUUUUAGAGCCACUCAUUAGCCCACGCGCAGCACCACGCGCUGAACAAGCAGGUGCACCGUGGAAAACAGGUGGGUAGAUCUGGCGCGCAUGAAGUUGGUGAAAUUGUUGCAACGAUGGUCAAAACGUGCUGCAUAUCCCACUCAUGGCUUGUCAUUUCAGUUGAAGUAUACGCCAAAUUUUCGUUUAUUCGUGCUGUGCGCGAAUCAACGCGAGCUUUAUUUUGGAUCACACAGCAUGCACCAACCAUUCUGAUGAUCCACCCCGUUCCAAAAGGUCUGUUUUCUUUUCUUUUCGUGCUGGGAAGAGUUCAGCAUAUAUAACUCAAUGUUUGCUUUGGUUUCCUUGGUGGUCUUCGUUCAGGGAACUAUUUCUCAUUUUUUACUUGAAUCUUUCGUCAAAUUGUCAGCAUGUGAUCCGAAACAAGCCUAUGCUACCGGACGGGGAAUUCAACCCCAAGGCGUCCGUGUUCGGGAUCUCGCCGACUUCAAGGUGCACACAGAGGACGCCGGCGAGGGUGUGCUGGAGGCGACUGUUGUCGGUCCAAGUGCGUUUCAACUUUAACAUGACGUUUACUUAUGUUUUGUUAGUAGACCUUUAUGUGUCUCGUUAAGUAUCGUUUUUUUUCAUUAGAUGGCCGGGAGGAAAAAUGCCAACAAAGGAAGGUUGGAGCCUACCUACACGAAUGCGUUUAUACACCCCAACAAUCUGGACCCCAUCUUGUCAAUGUUCGAUAUGGUGGCGACCAUAUCAUGCUUAGUCCAUUCAAGGUAGGCCAAAACGGCUGUCUUUUGUUCUUAUCCGGGGAGGAAAGGUUGUCGACUUUCAAAUCACAAAACUAUGCUUCUACCAAAGUCUCCACGCAAUCAGCAAUAAAUUUUGAAUUACCAAAGCCCCAUCCGUACGGUAGAUAAUGGUCAAAACUGCAGUCUCUGAUGCGUAGAUAAUGUACUUAUCGGUUAUUUUAGUAUAAAACAUUGUAAACAGGAAUCCUUGAAAAUCCUGGUAGCCAGGAACAAACAAGUCAAAGAUCAUCCUUUUCCAUUGGUAUAAAAUCACAUCGUCUCUCUGUAAUUGGAUAUAUUUUAUCCCACCAAAUUAUUUCUCCCUCAACCGUCACAGUGAAUGUAAACCACAGUUUUGUCUAGUAAUGUGAUUGCUACCGUCUCUGCUGAUGUUGUGGUAUGUUCUAUCGGUGGUUUUUAAACAGUCUUUUGGUGCCUGCCAAAUCAACUCGCGAUCCUAUGAUCGUACAAGACAAUCAGCUAACUCCCCCCCCGACCUGGUUGAGAAGGAAGGAAUCGAAGACCCCUUCCAGCUUCCUUUCCCACGUAUUUAGUCGCCUAUGCUCAAUUUAGCGAUGUUUAGCAAGCCUCUGUUGAUUACCGAAGUCAUAAAAUCACCGAAAAUUAUUCGUCUUUGAACCGACUUCCCUCCAUAAUGCACACUGAGUCACUGAAAAUACCGCCAAAUGUAUUGCGUUCACCACCUGGAGUUUCCAAGGCUUUAUACUGAAAGUGAUAUUGUAUUCUCUUUCCUCUCCUUCAUCCUUCUCAGGUUGAAGUGGGCCCCUACAAAGACACACGGAUACGAGCCUUUGGCCCGGGUCUCGUCUCAGGCAUCGUCAAUAAGCCCGCCGUCUUCGUGGUUGAAACGAACGGUGAAACCGGGGCUUUAGGUGGGUAGCUUGAUUGUUCAGUACUUAUAAAUUAUCAUGGAAUAUCUUGCUCGCAAACCUAACCCUCACCCUCGGGGUAUUUCACUGCAGGCUUCUCAAUCGAGGGACCCAGCGAAGCCCGCAUCGACUGCGCAGACAAUGGUGACGGUUCCGCUACGGUGGUAUACUGGCCAACUGUGCCCGGAGAGUACGCUGUUCACAUUCUUUGCAAUGACGAGAACAUCCCCAAGUCUCCCUACAUGGUGCCCAUCUCAGCGGAUACCGGCAAGUGCGAUCCAAACAGGGUAAGUACACCUGAGAGGUGUUCGCACACCCAACGCCAUGAAUAGAAAAGACAGCUUGUCGGCUGUGGGAGGAAAACUCAGUUAAAUGGAUUUUCUAGGAAGUUCAGUCUAUGUUUCCAGAACGCCAUGAAGGCUGCGAAUUAAAGGGGAGACUUAAUGGUGGGUUGCUCAACCACUUCCAAUAGGUAUUGUUAUAACCCGACAGGUAGGUGGAACAGAAUGAGACCCGGUUCGGAAAAUGGUCAUUUUAUUAACAGCCUGCGAACAUGGGGGUUUUUUUCUUAUCCACACUCGCCUUAUUUAUUUGGUCCCCUGGACUUUCUGAAAUACUACAACCUAUCGCGUACCAAACCAUGACAGGCGUUCCAGAAACUUCCGGCUUUCCGCGUGGCGAUUGUUCAUUGGUCGGUUUGUGCGCGAGAAUCCCUUGCGGGAAAAUAUCGAAUAUUCGAUCGGCCGCACGUGCGAGCAAAAGUAUUACGCGUGCCCGAUACUGCAGUUCACGCUGAAAGGCUGUCUUAGAUAACAUGCCGCGGCCGGCUUGGCCUGCUACAUGGCGCGUGGUUGCGGCCGUGACUGAACCGUUCCAGCUCUCCGUAACGAGUAUCAUGACAAAUCGUAAAUCUGAUACAAUGGCUGUAUUCAAAAGACAGCUGGAUCGUUUGAUCACUGAUAAACGACGACUCUCACUGCAGGACUAUCUGCGGCCAGCCAUCAAUUUUACUUCCUGAUUUCAUCCCUAUGUAACGCAUCCCUGACGUUCCAUGAAGUUUUCUCUCGCAAACUACGCAAAUGACUGCACUUUAUACUGAUUGUAUAUAACUGCGCUUAAAAUUUCUUAUGUACACGGAAAAGACCGCCUGCCGCACCCUUCGCAGUCCAGCACUGUACAAUGUUUUUUUCCGUAAACUAAUAUGUUACUGACAAACUUUUAGUACGAUGUGCAUUUAACAUUUAUAUUGCAUGCACCGUUUUUAAUAGGGUCACCAAGGGCAUCGCCUACUACCCUAAAAUAUACUAGGCUAUAUAUGCUAAAAGCAGUCUUAGGUCCCACUGCGUGCAGAAGAAGCUGGUUUUAAUGUAAGGCCGCCUUAUAGUUAGCCAGUUCGGGAAAAUGUGCAAACCACCAUACUACUUAAUUUAGUGAGGCAAGAAAAAAUACUUGCUUGUUUGACAGAGUCCGAAAGGAAGAAAUUGGUUGCCCUCUGUAACACUAGGAUGGGGUUAGAGUCAAGGUUAGAGGUUGGGAUCAGGAUUGAGCCCAACUCCUACCUCUGACGACAUCGUUACCUGUAACGAUAACCCAUGCUUCCAGAGUCUGUAUCGCAUUGCGUAUUCUCCCUGAGGCCAAUCGCGGCACCACAAACAAACCAAGCAUCACAAAAUGUAGAUUGACUUUAUUUACUUGUUUUUGUGCAUCUCCCAUGCGCCUUACGUCUUUUGCGCAAGACCUGUAAGUCUCAAAUGUCUCCCCCCCCCUUCCACAGGUGAAGUGCUACGGGCCGGGCAUCUCACCGGGUGUUGUGGCUGGUGUACCAACUGAGUUCACCGUGGAUGCACGCGAGGCGGGCGCACCGGCGCCCACCACGGUGGAUGUUCGCGACGACGUCGGCGAUCCCGUGCCCGUUAAGGUUCGCGACAACGGCGAUGGCACGGCCACCGUCAGCUACACCCCGAAGAAACCCAAGAAGCACACCAUCCUUCCGGCAUACAGUGGAGUCAGCGUGCCCAGAGCUCCCUUCAGGGUUAGUUUCUGUCCUUGCAAACCGAAACAUGCGCGAGUCUUAAGGAGCUAGAUGGGGGGGAGGGGGAAUCAGACGAGACCAUUUACAGCUCACUUACCUUAAUCAGUCUGUCUUGUGUAGAGUUUGACCUAUCGGACAAAAGUCGGGGAGGAAAAACUCAACGGACACACCUGAAGUUUUCUUUCGGCAGUUGCUUCUUACUAAUAUAUGAGACAAGGCAGCAAUUAUUAAGUUUACUGAUUACGCCUAAUCAGCCAGCCAUGCCUAGCUUUAGGUUAGUCGCGACGGAGGUGCCCAGUCUUUCAAAGUCUGACUGGUGUCUUGUACAUCAAAAUACAGAGAUGAGAGUUGGGGCUGGGAUCAGUUUCCGCCGUAGGUGUGAGCCUAUGAAAGGUACCAUUGUGCUGCAGGGUCCAAGGUAGCGCCAAUUAGCUCUCCAUCCAAAAUCGCAUAUUCAUCUGCAAUCGUAAAAGUGUUGAGGCCCUUUUAAGGUCCGCUAGCACAAUAGGAUACCCAGUUUCUCACUGUGGAGAAAGGGUAGGGAUAGUGGUUCGAUUUACGGCCGAUGUUGUGGUCGGAGAUGGAAUUAAGGGUUGGCUUACGAAUAGGAUUACUGUUGAUGUUUGGAUGUGGAUUUGAAGUUAGUCUGAAAGGCUACAGAGGAGAUUCUGGAACAGAGCUAAUCAACUUUAUGCUCAAGACUAGAUUCUGGAAUAAAAUUAACCCCAUUUCUAACGUUAAUCAUUUCACCCUUUUCCUAAACCCAACUACAACCCUUACUAUAACCAAUAAGUCUGAACUCCAAGCCCAACUUCCCGAGGAUAGACAAGCACCCAGAACACACUUACCAGAGGACACUAAAAUGGUUCUUGUCCCAAGCACUUUCGGUAUACUGGUGUUCAUUAGUGCCUCCGAAAAUUACAGAUGUCGACCAUAUAGACCGAACGGCACUUAAUUGGCCUUGGCGUCACCAAAACAGUCAUAAAUCGCCACCUCGGGUGGAUUUGGAAUGCUCUUGUCUUGUUAGGUCACAUGCCUUCUAAAACAUGCGAUUGGAGUGUUUAACUGAUUCUAUUUACCCCAUCUUUUACUGGUUGUGAAUUGGUGUAAAUUUUAGGUCGACGUGGCGGAACCAACCAAUCCCGGCAAAGUUCGUGUCUACGGUCCAGGAGUGGAAUCUGUCACCCGAGGUCAGCCAACCCACUUCACCGUGGACUGUAAGCAGGCCGGUCCAGGUACGUCGUUCGACCUUUCCUUUCAUGACGUCUUCUGCUUUUCAGAUCUCUCUUGCGUUCAUUGGAAAGGCCGGCAGUGCUCUUCGCUAGAUAUACCACCUGGGACUCGCAUUUUCACAACUAUUGCCCUUCAAUUUUCUUGCACAAUGCUUACUCAUUAUUCUAGCGUUGGGUUUAAUCAAGCCUUGCCCUUGCUGUCUCGCAUUCGAAUGCCACCGAGGCCGUCCAGUUUUUCACAAUAAGGUCAAAUGAAUUAUUCAAAUCUGCCAAACGCCAAUUAAUUAAGUGAGUCUGGUAGUCAUCUGGUGGAUUCUAGACUACUAAAUUAGGGAAUCCCGCUCAUGCAGUCAGCUUACUGUGUCAGGAUCGAUAAACUCCAUACGUUGCGGUAGGUUGAGCGGGUAACUUGACCUGAAUGUGAUUAACUUCGCAGCUCUUGGUGGGAUCUCGUAGCUGAGGUGUUUAUGCUGUUGGCUGUACUCAAGCCUUCCGCUUGCUGUCGUCGGUUCGAAUACCAUCGAGACAGUCGAGUUUUACGCAAAUGUCGAAUGUAUGACUUAUGAUGGUAGGGUGCGCUCACCGGUCGUUCUUACGGAACUCACUCGUUCCGUUAUUCCUUAGGGGCUCUCUCUCUCGAACCCAACUAACAGCCGUACAACGGCGCAUGAUAUAGGCAGCAUGUUAUUACCGACGAAGACAAGGGAUACUGGAAUGGCCAUUUUUGGCUUAUUAGCCGUUGUGUAUGAUUUAUUACUGUUAACCGUUCGAAUUUAACUGAGGCCGUCCAGUCUUUCACAAGUAUGUCAAAUGGAUUUUUCAAAUCUGCCAAAACACCAUUUGAUUAAGUGAGUCUGGUAAUCAUCCGGUGGAUUCUAGAUUUCUUAAUUAGGAAAUUUCGCUCACGCAGUUAACUUAAUGUGUCAGAAUUGGUGUAUUCCAUACGUUGCGGUAAGUUGUGAGGGUAACUUGACGUGAAUAUGAUUAAACGCACGGAUUCCGGUGGGAGCUCGUAGCUUAGGCUGUGCUUAAUUCUUCGGCUAGCUGUCCUGGGUUCGAAUCCCACCAAGGCCGUUGAGAUUUUCGCAAGUUUUCGCAGUUGUCGAAUGCGUGACUUAUUACUAUCUACUGCAAUAAAGCGUCGUCUAAUCAGAAGACAGUAUUAGGAGCGUCGGCGGGCGUAUUUGGUGUUCGUAGGCCAGUAUCGCGUGAGGGUCAUGAUAUCGAUCAGCAAACUAGACAACGGCGUCGAGGGAGGUCGGCUUGAGAGUAGUUGCCGAAGCAUGCGGGCACGGAAGCUGGUACAAUUUCUUAACAAACGCUCGGAACUCCUUGGCAGGCGCAAUCAUAAUAAGCAACAGCGUACGGCAGAGGAGAGAAGCGGAUUUAUCCGGCAAAGUCGCCUUGCAAGCAGACAGCUAAUAACGAGGAUUUGCUGGGACCUGGCCAUACAUUCAAGUUCGACGAAAUCUUCUUGCGAGAAGAGACAACCGCAGAAACGGCGACCUGUUUUAAGCCAUGGUUCACUGGUUCCAGGUGUAAUGACCUUCCCCUAUAUGUACGGUGCUACAACUUAGCCACACAAGGAGUGACCAGGCAAACAUUGUUUCCAACGCCAGUGUCGGUAGACCAGGUGGUCGGGUAAUCACCACGUCAACGUCUAAUUUGGGUGAUGAAAUCACGGCAAAUAACGACUCGAAUGCCGUCCAUCAAGCCAUUAUUGCACUAAGGGGGUGGCGUUUAUUUGGCUAGGUAUGCAGUUGCGUAGAGACUGCAUCCUUUAAAUACUGUAACCCCUUGUGUAUUAUGGGCUCGUAUAUAAUGCUUUCUCUUACGACGGGUCCGAGCAUGAAUCCGAAAUGUCAGGUUCUUGUUUCAGCGAUCGCAUCUAUUUCCAGUUCAGUUCAGUUCAGUUCAGUUUGUUUGAGGGAAACGUAGGUGUUGGACCUUUGAACUGCCUGUUUGUUACAAGGAAGCGAAUUAUAUCAGGAAUUUGAAAAUGGAAGCAUCAGACAGCUGCAGAAACUUUUUCGAAACCAAACAGAUAACCGAAUUGUUCAAACUGUUAAAAACAUUAACAUUACAUUACUAAACGUCAAAUGUGGUGUACAUGCCGAAAAGAAGAGUGUGAAGGACACUGUUGAGCCGGUAACACAACGGCCUCAGUAUCACAAUCUGAAAACUCAUCCAUCCCACCCUCCUCUUUUUACUUCCAGGAAGCGUUGGAAUCAAUGUUCGUGAUGAAGCUGGACGUGACGUUCCCAUGGAUACCAAGGAUAUGCGCGAUGGCACCUUCAAUGUCGCCUACACAGCCAAGACGCCCGGACCUACGUAUACUGUUCAGGUGUUCUUCGAAAACCAAGAGGUUCCCCGAAGUCCCUUCAAAGUUCCUGUUAAACCGAAUGUGGAUAUGAGCAAGAUUCGCGUCGCGGGUCUUCCCUCGAGUAAGUUAUUGGCGGAUUUUCCAACGCGAUCUAACUGAAUUCGAGUAAGGUCUAUAUAGAAAACUCCUGCACUUAUAAAGCAGCCUCAUCGGAGGCACUUUUAAUUCUGGUUCAUCGACCUGUCCGCUGCUAGGAUUCACAGAGCACCAGAACAACGGUGCUGGCCAACGAGGAAAAAUUGCCACCUUCUGAAAGUACUGACUCCAGGAAAGUGGAUUUCAAUCAUUUAGGCUCCAUUGAGGCUUUCUUUUGGAGUAAUAAACGGAUAGAGCAAUAAAUGGACCGCUCUGCUUACGUAUAUUAUCUUGUUGAGGAUGUCCGACUAUUUUCACUGCUCUUCUCGCUCAUAUGGUCCCACUGGGUUAAACAUAACGGGUCAUUCCUAAUAUCCUUUCGCCAGUUAAUCGUCACUGACUGUAAGCACAAGUGGUGUAAGCGUCUUGAAGAGGAUUUGAAUCAACGACUCCACUCUGGGGGACUUCAGAGGGCAACCUCUUCAAACAGCCUUGUUUGAGACUGCCUAGUAAGUAGUUCGUGCCGCAGGGCUUUAAGAGAAAGGUUCAGGGAAUCAGAAGGACACUUGUGUCCGAACCUUAGUCAUAAGCCACUGAGUGCUACAUUUCUUUUCAACGAUUCUGUAUCUUGCGCGUAUUCUUAUCAAACUCCCCCCUACUACGGUGGGGGGACAAAGACUGGUUGCCGUUACAGGCCAAAUCCAUGUCUAUUUAUUCAUUCACCUGCUCCUGUUGAGCGGAAUAUAUUGGCCGUGCAACGAGGCGUCUGGAAGAGAGAACACGCGAACGCAUGCCUGCCUGGCUAGGUAGAGGUGAAAAUCGAUCGAUUUCGAGUUCAAUUCUCGUACGUCUAAUCGCUACGAGCCACCAAGCCGAUGCUAAAAAAAGCCUUUAAAGUUAUCUGCCGGACACCGACACACUACUCUAAAGGCCUGCGCAAACGGCUGCUAGACACAGCCGAGGCAGUGGGCAUUCGACAAGCGAACCCAACACUCUGUUUUCAGAAGACGCUGACGCAAGCAGUCUGUCUGCCCUGCCCGACUGCACGCUGUGAUCGCACGCCGUCCCGACGUCCUGAGAGCCGUCACACGCACUUACAGCGCGUACAAUCGAACCGGAACCCAUCUCCUUCCCCCCCCUCCUCCCACCCCAACUCCACCGUCCUCAACACGCUGACUCCGUCAUGCGGGCGGCGUGGAAACAUGGAGUCCGAUUAACCCUGCCCCUGAGACGCAUUUAUAUCCUGUCUACAAUAAGAAUGAUAAUUACCCAUGUAAAUGUAUCGGCCUGAUGAUGAGUUACCGAAAACAUAUAUUUUCCAACUGACUUUUCGAUUCUGGAUCUGUCUCACACGAAAUUUAAAGCCCUUUGUCACUUUCUUCGUUACUUAAUUAGGAGUAUUUUGGCGGAUUCAGAUAGCAACUUACUGCGGCUGACUAGGUAAAAGUCACAAUAGCGGUCGUGAUUAUUCACGAAAUUAGUUAUUUAAUGAUCGGCUGUGUUGAUUGGGCAGUUCAAGGUCGCGUGCGUAAAAGUCCUGCCACUCGUCUCCGCUUUGCCGGUCGGGUCGGUUUCGUCUGCCACAUGCGCACACACAACCACUAACGCUCUCCAUCCGGGGCGUGUAAAACUCCCCCUCCCCUCCCCUCCCCCCCCCUAGUAGUCAUUACGUCUGCACCCCACUCCUCCUUCAGCCGCGCCAGUAAACAGGCCAACCAACUUUGAUGUACUGACCGCGGGUGCCGGACCCAUCAGUGCGCCAAAGCCACGUCCUAACGUUUCCGUGAUGGCGCCCACAGGCGCGCGCGUUCCCAGCAGCCUACGCGAGACUGUAGACGGCUACGAGUGCUCCUUCACGCCCACCACGCCUGGGCCGCACCAGGUGGCCGUGGAUGUGGGCGGAGUGCCGGUGCGCGGCAGUCCCUUCCCCCUGAACGCGGUGCCCCAGGAGGCCCCCAUCAUGCCUAUGGAUCAGAUGGCUCAACGAGCCGCUGCCCCAGCCCAGUUCGGGCCGGAUCCAGCUGGCCUGGUGCGUGCUUAUGGCGAUGGACUGCACAAGGCCACGGCCGGCGUACCAGCACGAUUCACCAUCGACAGUCGCGAGGCCCCGCCAGCGCCUCUCAGCGUCACUAUUGAGGGUCCUGCUGAGGCUCAAAUCAACUACGUGGACAACGGAGACGGCACCUGUGGGGUGGACUACCUGCCCGUGGAGCCGGGUCCCUAUACGGUCAAUGUGCUUUACAAGGACAAGCAUGUGCAGGGCAGCCCCUUCCCGGUCCAGGUGAUGCCGCCCGGCAGGGAUCUCGUGGAUACCUCAAAAGUGCGCGCCUAUGGGCCGGGACUUCAGCCGACAGGUAGCGCGCAGUGCCAUUGUCCUGUUCGGCAUGCUAUAGGGCAUGGAUGUGGAGGUGGGAAGCAGCCACAACUUGGUCCGAUUGUGCAAGCGCCAAGGAGCCUGCAGAACUGAUUUCCCCCUCCUCCCUGAUGAAUGAUCGCGAAAUUCUGCAUGUUCUGGCCUUGUUCGCAGAGCUUCGCGUCUUGAGGUAGACGGUCUGGAGUCCUCUUGCAUGUCGCUGGUCUUGCAUGUUCCUCGCUUCCAACUGGAUAAGGUCUUUCGGGGGUAUUUUUUACCUGUAACUAGGGUCCUUGCCGGACAGAUGUGGUUGUGUGGUCCCACCUGAAGUAAACAAACCCCAGCCACCUGUAAUACGCAGCCGGUGGUAAUAGGGGGGUUUUACAGGUGGGGCCGAGGAACACACAGGCGACGAGGCCAGGAAGUUGUACGCAAAAGAAGAUCUAUUGGGAAUGCGCGGUUGUGCUUUGAGUGGUUGGGAAAUAGUUCCUUAACCCUAACCCUUAACUCUAACCCCAGCCCAAAACCCUAACCCCUAACCCUAACCCCAACACCAACAGUAUUGUGUCCAUCAGGUGGGGCUACAAAACCACAUCUCCCCCUUGAUGAGUUCAGUUCGGUCAAGAGUCCGUUAAAGUGCACCCUCUCGUCUAAUCCAUCUCUGCUCAGUUUCCGGUAAUUGAAAACAGUGCAGUCUAAAUGCUACAAAGUAGUAGCUUGACAAGUGAGGGAUGAAAUGAAUGGACGGUGUGUGAAAACUGUCGUCGAUAAAGAACUUGCCGGAUUCUUCACCAAAUUAUAGUUUAGACGUGGUGCCGCCGGUUACCAUGCAAACUGAAAUGGGUAUUUCUGACCUAGUAACCAUAAUACUCCAGCUAUACCCCCAAUUUGAAGUUUGAGUGAUCUGAGCUCCGAAGCCGAUGGGUCAUUGAGGCGAGAAAUUCAAGAUCAAGCCAGACUGGUGAACACGAAACCCAAUGAGACUACAGUGAAAUAUGUAAAUUUGCUCUCCCUGAAAUGUUCGAUUUUUCAAGUGCUGAGUGAAUCAUGUGAUCGAGGGCUUGGUAGUAUCCCAGCCGUCGCUCUAGUGCCCUCUUUUACAGCGCCUCUUUGUCGGUCAGUGACCUUGACAACCGCACUAACCUACGGACACACUGUUGACGCAUGGCCACCGAUACCUCUUGUUCAGCUGCAAUGAGUCCCGGCUGCGCACGCAAACUGUCGUUGUCGCAUGCGCGUCGGACAGCAUGCCCUUGUGACCUUGCGCCCCCCGUCCCUGAACCAACCAAUCACAUGUCCAGCACUCAGACAUUCCCUCACAUUGGCACGGGCAUGCGACAUCCGCGUAAACAGCACGUCGCGACCUACGCUCUCCAAAAGGUGCGCUUUGCUCUUACACACGACAGCGUGCCCUGUGUACAGAAUAAACUGGUUCUCACAGCUCCUUGACAUCUAACAUUAGAUGCAACGGACUUAGUGUGCCAUUUGGGUUGAUCCCACAUCCUUGAUCCUCACAGUAUUUUAGUAGUGCCGGAACUGUGCGCUUAGCAUAGAGGUCGAGCUGGUCACUACCAAGAGAAGACUAAUAAGUUUACCACUUUCCUAUGCGAUUUUAUGUUUACUUUCAAUUACUGAAGGCGAAAUUUCCAGUUCCAGAUGUAUGCAUAAGCGAAGAAGAGUCGAGCACCGGAACACUUCGUUUAUUGUCCUGAGCUUUCAGACUCGUACAGGAGUCCAUCGUCAGAGGUAGUAUCAGAAACAGAACAAGCGACAGUUAUAAGGCAUGUAGGCCAAUCAUCGACCGACGGCGCAAGCCUGGAGGUGACUACGCAGGACUCCGUACGCCGACGCCAGAUCGAUAAAUCGAUUGACCGAGUUCUCGUCCGAGGCCCAGGCUUCAAUAAAUUCUCGGUCUAUUUUGUUUCCGGCGUGGGCGACUAUUUUGAAGGGCUGCGAAGUUAAAAUCAUGACCCAUUUCGUAGGUGUGAGCGGCCACUUGUGAUAGUGCGUCGCCUCGUCGCACAGCCAGCUUAUGUUCGUGUAUGCGCGAUCCGAGCAUGCGUCCAGUCUGUCCUGUGUAGUUACAAGGACAAUUUUGCCACGGAAUGCGAUACACUACUCCAGAUUACUCUUCAGGCUUUAACCGGUCUUUGAUGUUCAUGCCCCUAUUGCACAUGGUGGCUUUGGGGCGGUGUGCAAUCCCAACACCCAGCUCCGCAGCAAUGCGCUCGGUCGCUUCUGAAGCGCCCUUGAUGUAUGGCAGAGAAUGCCAUAUCGUCGGUGGUGUUAGUGUUCGAGUUCUCUGGUGGCGACAGCGUAGGCAGCGACUCAUGAAUGCCCUCGGAUAGCCAUUUUGCACAAACUGGUCGCGGAGAUAACGGGCCUCACGUGCUCUGUCCUCCGGUUUGCUGCAAUGAGUUGAAUCCGUUUGAAGAGCGUCUUCACACGAGUCUGAAAGCUCGGGUCAAUAAACAAAGUGCUCUGGUGCUCGACUCCUCUUAUUCACUUACUUUCAAUGUUCCGGGGUCUGCCCAAAAUGUCGGUCAGAUGUAGGAUAGCAAUCCGAAGCUAUAUUGAUUGGCUGGUUCUAGAGUUACAGGCCUUCUUAAUUAGUUAAACUAGUCCACCAAAGUUAAUCCUCAGUAUGGUUUCGCGCGAUUCUGCCAUUUCGAAUGGAUGACCACUAAGCAAGCCAGUGCCGAUUGGUUCCAAUUGUCCGACAUAUAGACAGCUUUUUCACCUCCGAAUUCGCAGAUAGCAUCGAGGAGGGGCUUAAAAAGAUCCAGGACUUGUUUUGCGAGAACGGUUUGUUGCAAAGAAUAUUGUUGAGAGCAAACGCUGUUCAUCGCAGUCCCUUUUCAAGGGGAUGCUGCAAGUAAACUUUCAAGAAGACGCCCUGGUCAGACUAUCUCACGAACCUUUCCAGCAGCGAGGGUUCGAAUACUAUUCACUACUAACGCUAUUUUACGUGGAGAAGGCAAGGAUAAGGCUGCCAUCUCCGACCGCGUCAAUGUGCAUCUAUUCCUUCACUUGCUCCUGCGGAGCAGGUCAUAUUGGUCGCAAGAGUCGGCGCCUAUCCACGUGGAUAUGAGAACACUUCCUAGUAUGGCUGGGAAGAGGGCAAGCUAUGGGUAUAAACAGCGCCAUCCUCGCACAUAUUCUUGAUUCCGGACAUCAUGUGGAUCCCAGCGGAGCUUUUCGCGUGAUUUAUAAGCUACCUUAGGCUAUUGGACCAGCGCCUGUUAGGAACAAGAGCAGCGGCCCCCAUUAGUUUACGGAAACCGAUCUUGUGCGCACAGAAGAACCAUGUUCAGGCUCCGCGCCCUUCCGCUCUGACCCCGCCCCUUGGCAUUGACUACUAUUACCCCCCAACCCCCCCCCCCAUAUUCCUACACCCCUCCAGUGUUUUAAGACGAACUUCAAUUGAUUUCUCCAAUCGCUGACAUGUUUUACUUCUGUUCCAUCCGCCUUAUACUGCCCUUCUGACGCCGCCAGUUCAAUCGAUCGAUUAAAAGGACGGACGAUAAAAUAGCCCAAAAGCGCUAUGCUGUCAGAGUGAUUUUUUAUUUUGAAACGCGCAUUUGCUACACAAUUGCAUGCUGCCUGCCUGUUCGGAACCCUCAGUUGCCUACCCAGUCUUGAUCCAGAAUGCUAUUUCCUUCUACUGACAUUUAUUCGUCCUCUCUUCCGGCCCCGCGCAGGCGUGUUCAAGGAGUCCUUCGCAAAAUUCACUGUCGACGCCAAACCCAUCGAUCCCACCGGUCGGGGCACAGUAAAGGCAAUCGUGGUGAGCCCCACCAAACAGCGUACAGCCUGCAUCGUCCAAAACCAGGGCGACGGAACCUACAAAUGCAGCUACUCACCCCUGGAAGACGGUUAGUUUCCCCCCCCCCCCCCCCCCCCUCCGCCUUUCAUCCGGCUCCUAGACCUCCGGUAACAGGUUCCCAAGGUGCUCGGGGGUGUCGACGGGGCACGUGGCAGGGAACCAGGUGUCAAGGAACUGCCAGCGCAUACCAGGCUGCGAGGGCCAUGGUUUACUGAUCCUGGCAUAGCAUACGCGGCAACGGUAUAGGGAAGGACCCCACUUACCUGUAGGUAGACCUUGGAUCGCGCCAUACAUGAGUAAUGGUAAAGGGAGUUUUGUGGGUGGGACAGCACGCUAGACAGUAAGCUGACAUAAUGAAAGGAAAGAGAAAAAUUGCCUGGAAGUCUCAUCCUACGCCAGUCUGGUACAACGGAAAUGUGAGUAGUAAUUAAACAAUAAGCGAGAAGUGAAUUUCAAAAAAUGACGGAAUUUGAGUUUAGGUGAGGUCGUGGGAAGUAAUCGUUGUUGGCAGUUUACUUUCUGCAACAGCCUGCAAAUUUAUGCCAAGAUAAAACCCCAUAUGACACAAUCCAUUGUCUACUGACAGUUACGUGGGGACCUUCUUCAUACCGUUGCCGCAGACGCUUACACAACUUUAGGCCCAGUAAGAUAGAUAAGGACGUCCUCAUGGUCAUACGACCGUCACAAAGAAGGGAGUCCCGACAUAAGAACGAAGUCCUCAGGGUUCCCCGUGAUUUUAUUAUUAGUAUAUAUGUACGGCCUACGUCAAAACUCGUUUUCUCAGUUUAGAUCAUAGAAUGUCCCCUUUUCUUAUUUUUUUUACUUAAGUUCUGCUGGAAAAGUUUUAAGGAUAAUGUUAAGUAAAUUCAUAUGACUACCGCCUUUUGAGAAACGGUCGUCCCACACGAUGAAACUCUUUAUUGAAGUAGUAUGUAUUUGCAUCCAACGAUUGCCUAACAAUGAGCUCAUGCCUUAGAGUCAUAUAAGAGGAAAUUAGGCUUUUACAAUAAACAUGCUACUUGAGGCAACAACAACAUUUAGGCGUCUACUGAAAUACAAUCCGAAUCCGUUAACACACCCCUACAACUGCAUUACUGCGUGGUAGAUAUGCUCAUUGGUAAAAAUUGCAAAAUUACGGAAAUUCCCCGCAAACAUACUAUUUCGGCAAGUUUGGAAACCUGCGGUUGUUUAGCUGGAGCUCUGGCCAGGUGGAUAUCGGAGAAGUUUCUAAAUUGCCAUCUUUUUUUCAAGCCUCAGUACUGCAGAAACUCGCAAAUUUUUGCGGCUCAUUUGUAUGGCAAUCUCGCUUUCGCAUUUUUUGGUCGGAUCAUAUUUUGUAGCCGUGCCUGCAGUAGACAAACCCCAGCCUAACUCCUAACCCCAACCCCCGACCCAUAACCCUAGUUCCAACCCCUAUCCUUCUGCGCAGAAUAAAAUCUUCUACCCAACUCGGGAUAUUGCCUGAAGUUGCGGCGCACUGAGCAUACACCAUCACCGCUUAGUCGUUACAACUUCUGUUACACCGCUACUCGAGAUUUGAGCGUCCGACUGGGGUGCUCUGGGCGCACCCACAAAUGAGGCGCUACACGUCCAGCUUGAUCUGUGUAGUUGGAAGGGCGUAUCGCAGAGGCCUAGGCCGAGAGUGAGGCCCUGGCUACCACAACCUUCAGAGAGAACGUCUGACUCGACCUUGAAUCUGAUUGGUCAGUUUGAAAAGCGGGUGGGCGAACGCCAGACAGCCUUAGUGCACGCGUGGGUGUAGCGACACUCGGGAGAGGCCUAGCGCUGUGGCAGGCGCUUGGAGUGGCGCCACUACAGACGAUCUAGGCAGUGGAUACGAUACAUUGCCUCAGAUUAUUCAUUGUGAUUCAAUCGGUUCAUAAUUUUCAUGACCCUACUGCACACGAUCGGAUCUUAUUUCGUAGUCGUACCUACAGUAGAAAAGCCCCUGUCUAACCCCCAACCUCAAACCUUAAUCCUUAGCCCCAACCCCAACCCCUAACAGGUACAGCUACGAAAUAGGAUCUUGUCCUGCACACGAUGGCUGAGUGUUGACAUGUAAUUUCAACAGCUCGUCCAGUAGCACUGCUCUCGUUCGCAUCUGGGACGUCCUUAAUGUAAAGCAGGUCAUGCCAUAUCAUCGAUGGUACAUACUUUUGGAUCCCCCAAAGGUGAAUCAGUAGUUAUCGACUUAUAAGCACCUUUAGGCAGCCGAUUCGCUCACACUGGUUGCGGAGAUAUCGGACCUCAUGUGCUUUGACUUCUGGGUUGCUGGAAUGAGCCUGAAUCCGUUUGAAGAGUGUUCUCACACGACUAAUUAGCCUGUUUUGUUGCCGCAUUUACCUCUAACGAUGGACUCCUGAACGAAGGCUCAGGAUAGUAAAUGAACGGUCCAGCCAAUCGACCAGUCUUCCUCUGCCCUACCCAUACAUACACCUGGAAUCCGAACAUUCGCCUCCAUUCGCAAGCUCUUAGUCUCUGGAAGGAACACACGAGAUUUCCUUAACGGAUAUGUUUUGUCUGGCAGAUGAAAUACGAACGAGUCCGUUUGGCCCUAGAUCUCCUCUCUGGAAAUAGCUCAGACACACGCAUAAAGAUGCUCAAUCGGUCGGUCGUCGCUAAGUGAUAACGAAGAAGACGAGGAGUAGGCCAGGAAUAGCCAUUUUUGGCCUUGUUUCCGUUGUAGACAGCCUAGUCAGGACCGGUGACGUCAAUACUAGUAGGUGCACUUUCAAUGAAAGGGCAGAUCAAGUCCAAAGAGACAGAAGAUGUCUGAGUGGAUGCGUUUUCUCUACCAACACCUAACCCCUAACCGAUACGGCUACGAAAUAAAAUCUUGCCAAUUUUCCUAAAAUGCCAAUCAUAAUUUUCCGGGACACUGCAUGUCUGGGGUCCGCUCCUAUGUCCAAUUUCAGGCCCUCAUCAGGUCGAAGUGAUGUACGAUGGCAUGCCGGUGCCGGGAAGCCCUUUCAGGGUGCAGGUGACGCCGGGCUGCGACCCGAGCCGGGUUCGGGCUUACGGACCCGGCCUCGAGGGUGGCUACACUCACGAGACCCAGAGAUUCACCGUGGAUCUGGAUGGCGCCGGCCAGGGCGGACUCGGCCUAGCGCUCGAGGGUCCCGCUGACGCUCAAAUCCAAUGCACCGACAACAAGGACGGCACCUGUUCGGUCGAGUACCUGCCCACGAAGGCUGGCAAGUACGACAUGAUUGUGAAAUUCAAUGACAUGGACAUCCCCGGUGAGCCCUGUUUUUGACUAAGUCUUUUAGAAUAAUGUUAGUACUGUAAGAUUGUUUUUUUUUUCAUACCUAUACUCCUCCUUCCAUAAAGGCGGAGACUAUGUCUGGUGAAGUCAACGUGGGAAAAAUUUGUGAUAAUUGGGUGCUUAAAUGUUAUAAAUAAUGAGAGCAGUUGUUUAACGACAGUCGGCAGGACAACGUACCGGCGGCUCAAUCGUAGAACUCAUUUGCUGCAUCUAUUACUGGUCGCUAUACGACUGCCUGCGAGAUUGAGCCCUUUGAGCAACGCAACUAGCAUGUCAUAUAACCUGGUCGGCUAAUGACCUUGCCACGCUAACUGAUAUUCCCGAUCACAAAUGACAGGACGACGAAUCCGUGGCUCAAUGACAAACCUUCGGACGUAACGCUCAAUGUCCAUUAAGUCCGAGUUUGGAUCACAGGUUGGGUAUGACUGGCUGGCGACGACUAAUAAGACAUGAAUGACCAUCCCAGCAUGCCUUUUCUUCGUCGGCACUCCUUAUGUAACGUAACUCUGCUGAAGUCAUCGACAAGCGGAAAGAACGCCCUUUUGACACAUAAAUCACCAACUCUACCCUGGAUGCAUCACCAACGUCAAUUCUAAACCUCAAGUGGCCUUCUUGAAUAGAUUUGUCCCCGCUAAAAUUUCAGGAAUAACAACACGCACUCUAGUUCACGCGAAAGCGUAGUUAGUGAUAAAACAAGCAUCGCCCUACCCUAAAUCGCCACUGCGGCACGUACGCCAGCAGGAUAUGAACAUUAAGUCGCCGUAAGCGGCCAUUUCGGUCGUGCUUUACGAGGUUUAUCCAGCGGUGGUGACACGCGCGUCAGUUUGCAUUGAGAAAAGUGGAAUCCCCUAGAAGCUGUGGCGGUCAAGGAUGUGAGAUCAACUUAAACCGCGCACAAUAAGUUCGUUUCUUCUAUUGUCAGCAGUCAGGGGGCUGUGAGGACUAGUUUAUUCUGUACACAGGGCAGGUUGCCGUAAGUUGGCUGUUUGCUUGCAACAGAGAAAAGCGUCCGUUCACGGAGAGCGUCAGUCGCGGUGUGGUGUUUACGCGGGAGUGGGUGUCUGGGUCAGCAGGAGGGGUGACUGGCUGUGUUGGUCGUGUGAUUGGACAAAUUAGGGGAGGAAUGGAGGGCGCAUACUCACAAGGCCUCACGGGAAUCAAGCCAGAGCGUUCGACGCGCGUUAGGUGAUACUAGUUUGUGAGGGCAGCCGGGAGUCACUACAGCUGGACAGGAGGGGCCCCAGUUCUAGCCGGUGUGGGUGGUCGUGUGUCAGCGGCCUGUCAGUGCUUGUCGCGGCCAUCGGCCGACAAAACGGAGCCGGAGAAAAGGGGGGCUGGAGCGGCUGCUACAAAGCUACCAAAUUCCCUCCUCUUCACCCACCUUGCUUCGAUAAAGUAACCAAGGUGAGACGGUCAGUAGGGAUUGCGGACGCAGUGACUGAUAUUUUUGAACGGCUCUUCUACGCGUGCGUCGCACGAAACCUGACCCCGAUCUUGACACAAGAGGCUUUAGUAAGAGCCCCUCGCAUCUCGCAUAUGUGGUAAUGCCAUAGAGGCAUUCGCGGUACACAGAGGACAAGGUGAUAUUUGAUAAUCCAGCCUUUCUUUCGCAACACUCCCCUUGUCGGGAUUCGGUGUAGCCAUUGCAACAUGGACAGAGGAAUGCUGUCAUUGAUUAGGAUCAACAAUUACUGAGCCCCUCUACUUAGCCAGCACUGUCACGCACAUUCAAGCGUGAUCGACCAACCGCGCAGAGACGACGAUGGCCAGUAAGAUGUCAUCUAUACGUCUAGAGAGGAAGAAACUGCUAUCGCUGGAGCAAGAAGUUUAUUGGCCUGACCUUUCGGAUUCUCGCCUGAACCCAUCAUCAGAGGCAGCCGCAGAUAAGAGUAAUGGGGGCACAAAGACUGCAGUAUUUAUGGUACGUAGCUGGCGUCGGACCUCAUACGUACUAUAAUUGACGGCUCCCGCGAUCACCUCUGGAGGUCGUAAUUGAUGCGAUGAUUGCUGGUCAGUCCGCUUCCGAGUCGUUAAUCGCUGUGAUUUCUUCAUCCGUGUUGGAUGCUGGUGUGACGAUUGCUCGGCAAAUUGGCCCACUGUCACUGGGAUAAUUUCUCGCUCUCGCCCUUCCCACAUGCCUGAUUCCCCUACCCAGGGAAUGUCCCAGCACCGAAUAUGGUACCGGGAGGUCAUUGCGGGCUUGAGAACUAUGACUCCAACAGCUUGCAGCUCACGCAGUUGUCACCACCUGUGAGGAUUUCGGUUUCUUGACACUUGGAAAUACGGCCGGGCUCCGUGGAGUGAGCCCCCACCUGAGAGUUGGUGCCUUUCCUUCUCACCGCUGCUGCGUGUUCGACCAUCCGCGUCCACCUAUGCUCCGAUUAAUUGGGUGGAUUGUGAUAACGGCGAGUCACCCGUCAUGUGAACACACACAAAAUGGGUGAUGGAAUAAUGUCAUGCCCAGCAGGCGCCAACGUUAUGUAGCCAGCCGUCUUUUUACUGAGGAGUAAAACCGGUUGAGGCAUACAAGAGGCGAGAGUGAAAUCUCCUUAGAUCCCUGUGCCAGACUUCGCCUCUAGCCCACUAGACUCAGUUCUGUCAGGAUACUAUGAAGUGUAGAGGAGCGAGUGCGAGGUUGUCACACGACAUCCACGCGCAAGACCUCACCCAAUCACGAACGAAAAAUACUUUGAGGAUAAGCUCUGAAUAGCAUCCGGCGGGGAUCUAAUGGCCGGGACACCCUUCCCGACACUACAUACUUCGAGAUUCGAUUUCCGUCGUGUUUUCAGUAUCUUGGAUUUGUAUACGUUAGGCCCUUAGGAGGUCAACGCCUUUAUCCUUUCCAGCUUCCAUAACUCACAGCAGAGUUCAUCUAUUUUUUAAUGUCAUUAUAGGUAGUCCUUUCAGUAUUCCCAUUCGUGACCGCGUCGAUCCGAGCCGCGUCCGUUGCUACGGCCCCGGACUCGAGCCAAAGGGCGCUCGUGCUCAGACACCGGCAGUCUUCACAGUGGACGCUAGUCAAGCCGGCGAGGCUCCCAUUUCUGUAAGUCUUCCCGUCACCGGUCUUCCUGAGCUCGAAAACCUCCUUUCUGGUUGGUGUUUCCUUUUUUCUCCAAUUCGCUGUCUUUAUUGAUCAGCACGAUUUGACUGGCAACCUGCCCCCGUGGUUUAUCGUCACACCAGCGAAGCAUGGUGAACCAUGUGAAACGACAGUCGCAUUAACCAUUCGGUUAAGGUGUCCUCUAUGUUGUCUGCGGUCAGCCUAUCUGCCAUAUUCGUUAAUUUCCAAAUGCUUUCUAGAGGCGGAAGUUGUUCCUUGUUCAUAUCAGUUGUCUAGAACCAAGUUAAGGCUACAUGUAGUUGAGGGAUAGCGGCAUUUGUGCAUGGCGAGCUGAAAUCAAUCACACAAGUUGUGAUCCUACGAGAUACCGUUUCCACAUGCAUCUACUUUUAGUCAAAUAUGAUUGAAAUUAUGCACGUAGGGACGCGAUAGGAAACUCGUCCUUCUGUAAUACUUCAGUCAUAUUGUGAAGGCCUGUGUUGAGCAGACGAGAAAUGGGAGACGGUCGUGCUAAUAGCAAUACCAGAAAUAUAUAUGUAUAGCAUAGUGGUUAUGCCGCACUCUCAGCAUGUAUACAUAUGUCAUGGAAUCGCGUCAAUCGAUCGGGCAACGCAACAUGCUCGUCCAGUUAGGCCUUGGAACGCAAGCUGGGGGUCUCUCAGGCCAUUGGGUAACAACCAGGAAUAGAUGCAGUAAGGACCCAUUACCAAAUGGCCGGGGGUUGUACUUAUGAACUCCCACUAGCCAAAUAUCCCGGGUUCGAAUCCCAGGUCACUUACACAUUUGAUUAUAAAGGGCCGACUGGCGACAGCUAAUAAGUCAGAGAUGGGCGUCCUAGCCUAUCUUACCUUUGUCGUAAUCCUUACUGCGCACAUAUAUAGCCAUUGACUCUGUCUAACCUUAAUCUGAUCGACACUUUGUGGGCGAUAAUAGACCUGGGUGCGGAGACUUCGUGUACAGUUUUAUAAGUGUCACGAUGAUGUUUAAGGAUAUCCGGACUUGUUGUGAUUAAUUGCAAUGCUCACUAGUUCCUGAAAGCAAGCCUGGUCCGACAGCUUUUUGUUUGUUCAUAUUGACCCAACUGUGAAAACUCGGCACUCCGGUGGGAUUCGAACCCACGACAGCAAUAGAGGGGGCUUUAGUACAGCCAACGCUCUAUCCACCUGAGAUAUAUCUACGAAUUUUCGUUUUUUCACCCGCGGUCAACUGCUGUCGCCAGUGGGCUGUCUAGGCGUUCAACUUAGCGACUCAGGGUGACAUACGGGACGCUUUGGCUUCUGUGGCUCAAUGUGCGCACCACUUUGUUGUUGCCUCCAUAAAAUGCUCUUUUCUGCAUUUGUCUCAAGGUCACCCACACUGACCGCUCCGGCCGCAGGAUACCCGCCCAGGUGGUUCCCAAGCCGGGUCAACCUGGUGUCUAUGACGUGACCUACGUUCCCGACCAGGAGGGCCCAUGCCAGAUUGAG